AUGCCUCGCGGAAGAAUCAGUCACAUUCUCAAGCUUAGCAAGAUCGAGGAGGGCCUGAAGGUGUUCGUCACUGACGUCCGCUUCACAAUUCCUGAAGGAAACGGCAAAUGGGCGCCCAGCCUCAGUACCCCUAAAUGCAUCUUUCAUACUGGCAUGGCCGAUGAGGAGAAGAAAAAGGCACUGCCGAUCGAAAUUUCUCAGGGAUUCCGCGAUGGGUACAUCGGAGAGGUCUGCUUGACGUCGACCAGCGUCUUUGAUUCCGGUAUUGGCCCUACCGUGGAAAUUGAUAUUGCGGUUCUUGGAGAAGUUUCAAUCAAGGGAGACUCCGAAUGGGGCGGCUGGAUGUCUCUCUGGGGCAACGCCGACACCGUCAUGGUCGCCUACAGUCUCAUCGACUCUGGCACGGUACUGAAGAACUUUGACAUUCCCGUCUCUGGGCACACAAAGCCUCUUCAUCUGGGGUUGGAGGUGGACGAAAAGAAAGAAGUCCUCGCUUUGAAGCUGGAUAUUGAGUCGAACUGGAUCUUUGACGGAGUGAAUUUGCUGCUUGGAGGUGUUUAUUACGCUCACGAUGUGACGUAUGGGUAUGUGUUUGGUGCUCUUGGAGGAUGGCCGGCUGCUGUUGGCUACGUUGGAGGAGAUGGGCUUCGAAAUCUGAUUUUUCCUAAAUGA